AUGCGCUCAACAAAGGCAACCCGGUCUCUGAAGAAUCUCUUCGCUGGGUACCACGAGCCGGCCCCUCUGUCCAGGAAGAAGACCCAGGCCCUCCUCGACGGACUCAAAUCCUCCUUCCGAGACCAGCUUGACCGCGAGUAUGGCCGUCUACCCAGCAGCGGCAGCAGCGGCAGCGGCAGCGGCAGCAACAACGCCAACCCGGCGCGACACCCAUCAUCGUCAUCGUCCAGCCCUCACAGCAACACCCGUCAAUCCGCCGCCAACCAGCACCUCAAGGCCCUCCUCUCCAACCCUCUCUUCAGCUACGAGAAGGAGCCGACUUCGAGUCGGCCGUCGCCUGCGCCCACCCUCAGGCGAGAUCCCAUGGACGUGUUUGACCACGCCGUGUCGCGUGGCAUGAUGACGCUCAAGGCCGCGGCGGGAUGUCUAGUCGCCAAGCAGCAGCAGAUACAGCUGGCCUCGUCAUCGGACAGCAGCGGUAACGCCUCCACUGCUGCCGCCGCUACAGCCUACUACGAUGCUGGUCUCCGCGUCGUCCGGUGGCUUCGCUCCUCCCGCCCCGACAGCGACAUGGACUUCCUAGACAACAAGCCCUUUGUGCGGGCCCUGGUCCCCUUCCUCGUAGCCGGCGGUCUGGACCACGUGGCGUGGGAAUGGGUGGCGCGCAACGCCGACGAGUCCUCAUCCGCGGCGGACGAGCAUGUGCAGCACCAGAGGGCGUCGUUCCUGCUCGCCGAGCUCGUCCGCGUCAAGAGCCAGCCACAGAACGGCAACCUGGACGAGGCCAUAGCUACCAUCAUCCAGGCCGGGUCGGCCUUUGGCUCCAACCCGCGCCUAUCCAACAUGCUGCUCGCCCCCUGGCGCUCCGUCUCCUGGCUGUCCACUGUCGAGUCCUAUCGCAGGACAGCCCCCUCGGAGGGCCUGUUCGACGCGCAUGUCGAGACGGCAGCCCGCCUCCCGACGUCGCUCGACGUCGAGAAGGCACACCUGCACCUGUACCACCCUACCCGCCCGGACCAUACGCCUGCAUUGCGCCUGUUCGAGGACACGGCCAAGGUGAAGAAGCUGCUGCAGGGCUUCACGCCGGCCAGCAGCAAGCACGGCGGCGCCGCUGCAAAGUCGGGCAACAUGGGUCUGCUGCAGUGGACUGCCGUCCUGGGCCACGAUACUGUCAACUUCCUCACCAGAUCUGGGAGGAGUCAGGAGGCUGAGCAUGUGACCGGUCUGCUCCAGUAUGAGCUUGCCUCCCUGUUUGUCCAGGGGCUCAAGCCCGCGUCGUGA